AUGUGGAACAGCCUGUCCAACUUUGCACAAAAGGCGCAGGUCUUUGUCGACCAGAACCUGCAGACGGCCGUAACCAACCUCGCACCCUCUGACAACCGCUCGUCCAAGGCCGCCCUAUUCCGUCACCAGUUCCGUCUGCCAGACUCGCAGAGCCCGCUGUACGAGAUCACGGCCGAGUUGACGUUACCACCCAAGACGUCCUCGUCGUCAAAGAGCCCCACCGACACCCCACGCAAGAGCCAUGAGCAGCGCAACAAUUGGGACCGCGAGCGCGGAAACCACUACGUUGGCCGCUUGCACCUGUCGGAGAAAUUCCUGUGUUUCUCUACCCAGAACUCGAGCUUCUCUCCUACUGCAAGCACGUCGUUGUCUACUGCCUUCACGGGCCAGACGAACGGUGCAGGUCCUGCUGGCAAUGGCUUCACUCUUCCAUUGUGUGCUGUGCGCCGUGUCGAGCGUCUGCACAGUCAGAGCUACAUGUUUGCCCUGUCCAUCACCACAUGGAAUGGCUAUCCUGCUCCUGACGAGAAAAACACAAAACACACUGGCAAGACGGCUCCGCCAGCACCCAAGCUCACAAUCCAGCUGGCUGGCAGUAGAGUACAAUGUGAAAAGUUCUGCGACAUGCUGAAGAAAGGUCUGCGCGAGGGUAUGCGUGAAGUUGAUGGCAUGCGCAAAGUCGUGGGAGAGUGCUACUCGGAGUUCAUGUUGGCUGCUGAGGCCAAGCGUCGCAACGAGAAGGACGCGCCAACCGAAAAGUUGGUUGAUGAUCAGAAUCCUGAAGAACAGUUGAAGCCUCCAGAUGCUGGUCUAGGCAUGCAAUUCCGCUAUCCUGGUGACCCCAAGAAACUCAGAGACAAGGGCAAGAUGAGGUUGUGGUACGAGUAUUUACGAGGUAAUGCGCAUCUGUACUUGACUAGAACAUCGACAUCCACUGACAGAAUGCAGNAAAACGGCAGAAAUGCCACGCUCGUCAGACAGCCGGAUCUGCCCCGACUGGUCAGGAUUGGUCUCCCCAAUCGUCUUCGUGGAGAAGUGUGGGAGCUCACAUCUGGAUCUUUCUAUCUACGAAUGCAGCAGCCCAAGCUCUAUCAGGAUACGCUAGACAAAUACGAGGGACAACAUUCGCUUGCUAUUGACGAGAUCGAAAAGGACUUGAAUCGCAGUCUGCCCGAAUAUCCUGGUUUCCAGAGUGAGGAGGGUAUCGGCCGCUUGCGUCGUGUUCUUACUGCCUACAGUUGGACUAAUCUGGAAGUCGGCUACUGUCAAGCUAUGAACAUCGUCGUUGCCGCCCUCUUGAUCUACCUCUCCGAAACUCAGGCUUUCUAUCUCUUGUCCAUUCUCUGCGAUCGACUUUUACCAGGAUACUACUCACAGACUAUGUACGGCACUCUUUUGGACCAGCGGGUCUUUGAAUCGCUCGUUGAGAGGACAUUACCCAUUCUUUCCGAGCAUCUCGCCAAGUCGGAUGUCCAACUGUCUGUCGUUUCAUUACCCUGGUUCCUCUCACUAUACAUCAACUCGAUGCCCUUGAUGUUCGCCUUCAGAGUCCUUGAUGUCUUCUUCCUCGAAGGUCCCAAAGUCUUGUUCCAAAUCGGUUUGGCCAUUCUCAGAGUCAAUGGAGAGGAACUGUUGGACGCUACCGACGACGGCACUUUCAUUUCCGUCCUAAAGUCAUACUUUGCUCGUCUUGGCGAGUCAGCUCAUCCGAAGUCAGAGAAUCCCAAGCUGAGAGCGGUAACAAACUUCCAGGCCUUGAUGGUUGUUGCUUUCAAGGAGUUCUCUGGCAUCACACAACAAAGCAUCUCUGACUUGAGAGCCAAGCACAAGGAUGCUGUCCUUGACAACAUCGAGUCUUUCGCAAAGCGCACCUCUAUCAGGAACCUCGGUCCGGAGAGCAAGAAGCUGAGUACGAGUGAUCUAGGCUUCUUGUAUGAUCGCUUCUACGGUGUGCUGUACGAACGUCAACAAAGAAUGGAGAUGAUCCAGCAAGAACAAGAGCGCAGAGCAAAGGCUACCAAAACCAAGGCUGCCGAGAUUGUUAGCGGCAUUCCCGGCAAUGUCGAGAUGGGCAGAGUUGGACUUGGACCUAGUCCCACAGAGAUGGACUAUGACAGUUUCAGAGAAUUCUUGGCCGGUCUUGCUAGAUGGGCAAUCACGGACUCGCCCAGCUCAACAGACAAGCAGGACUCUGAGAAGAAUGGUGGCUACUUUGCCAACACUUUCCGCGCUCGCUCUGUCUCUCUAUCACCCUGGGGCUCUGGUCCGGAGCCUGCUGAGCACGAGUUUUUGCAACGUCUCUUCAAGUCUUGGGAUACUGACAAUUCGGAUGCUCUCAACUUGCAAAAGGUCGUUGCCGGUUUUGCUCGCAUCAAGGGUCCUCGCGAUAUCAUGUCAAACAUCAGCUACUUCUUCGAUCUCUACGACGAUGACAAGGAUGGCAAGGUUGACAGAGAAGGCAUCCUGCGCAUCUCGGAAGCUUUGCUCUUCCUGUCAAGACGUGGUAUUGCCGGGUCAGUCACGCCAUCCGCAUCAUCAACCAAUUUUGCCGCUCAAGCCGAGAUUGGACCUGACGGUAUGCCUUUGAGAGGCGCGAAUAAGGACGAACAGUUCCUGAGUAGCAUAUCGGCUUUCAUCAGAAGAUGCUUUGAAUAUGCCGAUCCAGACCAAUCACCGGCGACUACAGAACAGUCUUCUGCUCGAACUACCACGAAAAUGGAGAAGGAGUCGGAUGAUUCGACUUCGACUGCAGCAGACAAUCUCAACUCUUUUAGUAUUGGUGACGACGAAGACGAUGAGGAUGCUGAAGAGGAUUUGCUACAGCUCAAUGACGAGAAGCCGAAACCUGAGAUCUCAAAAUCAGAAGAAGAGUUAACAACGAUUCCAUCCAUCACCAAAACCCCCGUCACACCCAUCACGAAUACACCCUUCAACUUUGGCCAAACUACACCAACAACGCCAAACCGAAAUGCAGCCGCUAACAAGGCCCUCGACCCCAACCAUCCCCUCUUUAUCACCCUUCCAACCUUCCGCAUGCUCAUUCUCGCCGACGAAGCCCUCGAAACCUUCUUCGACUCUGGCUUCCCCAACUCCUUCCAUCUCGCUGAUGCACCUCUUCCCGCCGGCACCGUCUCUACAGCUAACCUCACCACCUUCAGCAACCUCCCUGCCAAAGUCAACUUGCCCAUCCUGAGUCCCGGCGGCCCUGGCGCUGGCGUCAUGGCACCAGGAAAGGGUCUUCGCGGCAUGCUGGACAACAUCGUCACCGAUGGUAUGCGCGUAGCAGCCGAAGUGCGUCGCAGGAUGGAUGAAGCACAGAAGGAAAUCGACCGUGGAGCUUCCACGCGCGGCACCGAGUCCGAUGAGGAAGAGGAAGAUGAAGGCGGCAGAGAUCUGUUGGAGGGUGCUGAGGUUGAUGCAGCGGCGCCGCAAACACCUGCCAAGACCGAGAGUUCUGCUGAGCAGAGUAUGGAGAGAGAAAUUGAAGCUGCUAAACAGGCGGACAAGGGUAAAGGCAAGGAAAAGGUUGUUGAUGAUGUGCAAAAGAGUAUGGUGUUUGAGCGAUAG